AUGUCACUGACUGGACGUGUAUCACAAAUUAAAAUCACAGGUCCUCAAAAUCCGGAUAUUUUGCAAUAUUCAAAUGCGAAAUUACAACUUAUGAUAAAUGAUUCAAAACUUAUUAUUAUGCUUCCACCUGAUAACGAGAUUGCCUAUGAGUGUUAUCUAAAUGAUUGUUCGUAUCUAGAAGAAUCAUCAGCUCCUGGUACUGUAGAAUGUAUUCAUGAUCGUUCGAAACAAGACAAAUGGAUUAUAAUCGAUAAACAAAAGGGCGCUGUAGAAUUACUAAACUAUAUGCGAGAUUAUUUACAGAAUCGACCACCUGAAUCUGAUGAAAAUGUGAAACAAUUCAUUAGAGCACUGAAUGAUAAUAAACCAGACAUAGCUAGUCAAAUAGCUCGUCUACUUGCUCAGAAUAAAACAUCGAUUCGACUUGGUUUGGACAUUAUUAAUGAAUCAGGAAAUGCACCACCAGCUCCACCACCAGAACCUGUUGAGAAACCUUUGAAAUUAAAAUUAUCUAUUGAAAGUUAUCUGAUUAAUCUUUGUACGGAUGAACAAUUUGAAGUAACUAUUCUUCCACGAACGACUAUUAAUACUCUUAAACAAAUAGUUCAAACUAAUGUAGAUAUUCCUUCAAAUAAUCAAUUCUGGUAUAUCAAUCGUGAACAUCUGCCUGAUAAUUAUGAAUUUGGUGUUACAAUGCCAACAGUCAAUGAAAACACAGUACUUGUUCUUUAUAUUUCAAAACCACAGAACACUUAA